GCGUCACAACAAACCAAACAUAUGUGUGCGCCAAUUUGUAUUUUGCAGUAAACAAAAAUGAAGUGCUCUGUGCGAAAUUGCGAUUCUACCAGUGCCAUGGAUCGCAAAAUAAUUAGUUUCUUCCAAUUACCGAAGAACAGCAAAACAGCCAAAAAGUGGCUGCUUUUCUGCGACAACCCGAAGCUGAAGAACAUGAAAGGUACGUUUGUUUGCUCGGAUCAUUUUAGGCCCGAGGACAUAGGCGGCGGCGGGGCACUCGGAACAGCUAUGUGCAGACGCCGACUUAGAAUAGGUGCGAUACCAUGCAUCAGAAAAUCAGGUAGCGGGUCAUCAAAGGACCGACUCAAAGGAAAGAAACAACGCAACAACAAACGUUUAGAAAACGAUCUUUUAGCCAGUUCAAAGGUCGGAGAAACAAAGUCUGAGCCGGAGGACAAUGAGGAUAUACAGGACGCUAACUGCGAAACUCAUGCAUUGUCAGAAUCAAUACUCUCCGCUAAAUCUAAGGCAGACAAAUUUUUUGAUAAUUUGGAUACGGAAAGCUCAGAGGCUGUCAUUGAUGAGCUAAGUAACCAAGUCAAAGAUCUGCGUAUGGAAAAUCUUCGCCUACAAGUCAACAUUAAGGUGGUCCACAAAAAUUACAAUGCUGAAAUCAGGGAAUUAAAAAAUAAGUUGGAACAGGCUAGAUCGCAAAUAUUACAGCUUGAGAUGCAGCUAGAGGAAAACAAAUAAUAGGUAAUAGACGAUAAUAGAUAAUAGAAAUAAUAGAUAACCUAGUUUUAGAUGCCUACACAUUCUAUCAGAAGUGGUACCAUAAAUUUAAAAUACUUUACGACUAAGCUAAAGAAAAUAAGAAAAUAUACAACAGACUACAAUUAA